AUGCAGCUCGCCGGCCCAGUGCCGCCCGAGCUGUACCACCGCUACGUCGAGUUCCGCCACAUCAUCGGCUCCAUGUUCACGUCCAAGGGCCUCCGCGGCCGCAUCCUCAGCCGCGCGCUGCACAAGCAGCACAGGCGCGUGUACCGCCACAAGGUCACGUCCGAGAUCAAGACCCUCACGCCGUGCACCGUCGAGGCGUCGACCGAGCUCCUGCGCCUCGCCCACUACGGCGACGGCGGCCGCAUCUUCACCUACGUCCUGACCCUCGACGGCCGCUUCCGCUUCACCGAGACGGGCAAGGAGUUCAGCAUCGACCUGCUGAGCAAGCACACCAUGCACAGCGACGUCGCGCGCUACGUCGCCUGCGCCGGCGAGUUCUUCAUCCAGCGCCUCGAGCGGCCCCACACGCCGUCCUCCACAUUCUCCUCCUCCUCCGGCGCCGGCGGCAUCCCCGCCGCCGACGACGACCGCGGCAGGGCGCGGUUCGCGAACCUCGCCAUCGCGGGCAACUUCCGCGAACACCUCGACGCGACGCCGUCCAACAGCCCGUCCUACUACCAGCUCAUCAUCGACAACGAGUCGGGCACCUACCGGCCGGACAAGUCGAUCCUGCCCAUCUUCGCGGCGUAUCUGCGCCAGAAUUUUCCGGGGCUGAACAUUCGCACCAUGGCCGUCGGGACGAGGAGGAGGCUCGCGCGCCUCAAGAAGAGCCAGGCUGACGUGAAGCACAACCGGCCCGGCGGCGUCAGGAUUGUGCGCAUGCGGAGUCCCAGCUCAAGCGGGAGUUCGUUUAGUUCGUGA